CGACGCGCCCCUCGACCUGCCGCCCUCCCCCACCGCGGUCCUCCGUCGCCUCCUCGAACCCGCCUCACCUCGGCUCCAGCACCCGCACCGAUGGCAGCAGCUCAGUACGAGAUCGCCGCCGACAUAUCGGAGGACGAGGACCUCGUCGCCACCUCGUCCCAGGGCCUCCUCCCGACCCACAACGCUCCCGCCCAGGACAAGGGCAAGGGCCGCGCGACCAGCCCGGCACUCGAGGGCAGGAUUGGCGGCUCGGCAGGGGGCCAGACUGGCGGUUCGAGCGCUCGCGGCCAGCGCCACACGACGUUCGGCGGGAUCCAGACCGAGACGAGGUCUACCGGCACCGACACGCUCGAUGAGCCCGUCUCGGAAACCAUCAUGCGCGAUCUGCGAACAAUCGGCAACAAGAUUGUCCAGGUCCUGCACCCGACCUCGGGCAACGCCGUACUGCAGGACUGGGACCUGUGGGGCCCGCUCAUCUUCUGCUUGACCCUCGCCAUCCUCCUGUCGACCAACGCCCCGACCGACCAGUCGCUCCCGAUCUUCACCGGCGUCUUUGUCAUCGUCUGGGCCGGCUCGGUUGUCGUCACCCUCAACGCCAAACUCCUCGGCGGCAAAGUCUCGUUCUUCCAGUCGCUGUGCGUCCUCGGGUACUGCAUCUUCCCGCUCGACCUGGCCGCCCUCGUCGCCGUCUUUGUCAAGAUGCUCUGGAUCCGCCUCCCGAUCUGCGCCGCGACUUUCGCCUGGAGCGUGUGGGCCGCCGUCAACUUCCUCGGCGGGACCCGCCUCGAGCAAGACCGCGCCGUCCUCGCCGUCUUCCCGCUCUUCAUGCUCUUCUUCCUCCUCGCGUGGAUGACGAUGCUC